AGGCGUGAACACACCUCUGUGACGUCAUGACCGUGAUUCGGUAAGAGCGCGUGAGCAGUGAAUGCGAUGAGCUCGUGAAACUGUGUCCGGCUGUGUGAGUUUCAUUGUGAAGAAGUGCAACCGAAGCUUUAUAAUCAGUUACUGGUGAACUCAGCAGAGCAUUUGUUAUUUGAUGGAAGCAUCCAACCUGGAAUAAACUGACUUCUAAACGUAUACUGACUACAACAAUGGCUGACUUCGGAAAUCCUCUGGGUAGCAGCCAAUCAGUGAGUGCUCUGGAUAAAUCAACGCUCAGCUCUGCUGUUAAACCCACACACUCCCGUAAUGGCAGCACGGGAUCUUCACGCCACUCACGACAGAACUCCAGGGAUUGGGAAGUAAUAUCAGAUGCAGAAUGUUCUGCAUCUGUUGCAGGAACGAGUAUGGCCAAUAACACUGUUCCAGGCAUUUGUGAGGGAUUCCUCAUGAAAAAGCGCAAGUAUCCUCUCCGCGGCUGGCAAAAGAGAUUUUUUUUAUUGGAUAAGGGGAUUCUCAGAUAUUCAAAGACCCAACAGGAUAUUGUCAGAGGCAAGGUUCACGGAUCUUUAGAUGUUAGUCUUGCGGUCAUGUCUGUGAACAGGAAAUCGAAGCGCAUCGACCUUGAUGCUGGCCACAGCUUGUACCAUGUCAAGGUGUGUAUAUGUAUAAUUGAGAAUGUAGGGCCCUAUGAAAUCAGUUUUAUUUUUUUCAAAAUUCAAUUUUUUCCGUUUUAAUUUCUCAACUCCUUU